AUGCAAGACGCGGUGGGCCUGAGAGUGGGGCGGGUCAAUGCAAGACACGGUGGGCCCGAGGGGCGGGUCAAUGCAAGACACGGUGGGCCCGAGUGGGGCGGGUCAAUGCAGAGCGUGGGCCCGAGUGGGGCGGGUCAAUGCAAGACACGGUGGGCCCGGAGUGGGCGGGUCAAUGCAGACACGGUGGGCCCGGAGUGGGGCGGGUCAAUGCAAGACACGGUGGGCCCGAGUGGGCGGUCAAUGCAAGACACGGUGGGCCCGAGUGGGGCGGGUCAAUGCAAGACACGGUGGGCCCGAGUGGGGCGGGUCAAUGCAAGACGCGUGGGCCUGAGUGGGCGGUCAAUGCAAGACGCGAUGGGCGAGGGGGCGGGUCAAUGCAAGACGCGUGGCCCGAGUGGGGGCGGGUCAAUGCAAGACACGGUGGGCCCGAGUGGGGCGGGUCAAUGCAAGACGCGUGGCCCGAGUGGGGCGGUCAAUGCAAGACACGGUGGCCCGAGGGGCGGGUCAAUGCAAGACACGGUGGGCCCGAGUGGGGCGGGUCAAUGCAAGACACGGUGGGCCCGAGUGGGGCGGGUCAAUGCAAGACACGGUGGGCCCGAGUGGGGCGGGUCAAUGCAAGACGCGGUGGGCCCGAGUGGGGCGGUCAAUGCAAGACACGGUGGGCCCGAGUGGGGCGGGUCAAUGCAAGACGGUGGGCCCGAGUGGGCGGGUCAAUGCAAGACACGGUGGGCCCGAGUGGGGCGGGUCAAUGCAAGACGCAGUGGGCCCGAGUGGGGCGGGUCAAUGCAAGACACGGUGGGCCCGAGGCGGGUCAUGCAAGACACGGUGGGCCGAGUGGGCGGGUCAAUGCAAGACACGGUGGGCCCGAGGCGAAAUGCAAGCGGUGCCGAGUGGGGCGGGUCAAUGCAAGACACGGUGGGCCCGAGUGGGCGGGUCAAUGCAAGACGCGGUGGGCCCGAGUGGGCGGGUCAAUGCAAGACACGGUGGGCCCGGAGUGGGGCGGGUCAAUGCAAGACACGGUGGGCCCGAGUGGGCGGGUCAAUGCAAGACACGGUGGGCCUGAGUGGGGCGGGUCAAUGCAAGACACGGUGGGCCCGAGGUGGGGUCAAUGCAAGACGCAUGAGAGUGGGGGCGGGUCAAUGCAAGACACGGUGGGCCCGAGUGGGGCGGGUCAAUGCAAGACACGGUGGGCCCGAGUGGGGCGGGUCAAUGCAAGACACGGUGGGCCCGAGGGGCAGUAAUGCAAGACACGGUGGCCCGAGGGGCGGGUCAAUGCAAGACACGGUGGGCCCGGAGUGGGGCAGUAUGCAAGACACGGUGGGCCCGAGGGGCGGGUCAAUGCAAGACACGGUGGGCCCGAGGGGGCGGGUCAAUGCAAGACACGGUGGGCCCGGAGGGGCGGGUCAAUGCAAGACACGUGGGCCCGAGGGGGGCGGGUCAAUGCAAGACACGGUGGGCCCGGAGGGGCGGGUCAAUGCAAGACACGGUGGGCCCGAGUGGGCGGGUCAAUGCAAGACACGGUGGGCCCGAGUGGGGCGGUCAAUGCAAGACACGGUGGGCCCGAGUGGGCGGGUCAAUGCAAGACACGGUGGGCCCGAGUGGGGCGGGUCAAUGCAAGACACGGUGGGCCCGAGUGGGCGGGUCAAUGCAAGACACGGUGGGCCCGAGUGGGCGGGUCAAUGCAAGACACGGUGGGCCCGGAGGGGGCGGGUCAAUGAAGACACGGUGGGCCCGAGUGGGGCGGGUCAAUGCAAGACACGGUGGGCCCGGAGUGGGGGCGGUCAAUGCAAGACACGGUGGGCCCGAGUGGGGCGGGUCAAUGCAAGACACGGUGGGCCCGAGUGGGGCGGUCAAUGCAAGACACGGGGGCCGAGUGGGCGGGUCAAUGCAAGACACGGUGGGCCCGAGUGGGGCGGGUCAAUGCAAGACACGGUGGGCCCGAGUGGGGCGGGUCAAUGCAAGACACGGUGGGCCCGAGUGGGCGGGUCAAUGCAAGACACGGUGGGCCCGAGUGGGGCGGGUCAAUGCAAGACACGGUGGGCCCGGAGUGGGGGCGGUCAAUGCAAGACACGGGGGCCCGUGGGGCGGGUCAAUGCAAGACACGGUGGGCCCGAGUGGGGCGGGUCAAUGCAAGACACGGUGGGCCCGAGUGGGGCGGGUCAUGUGACGCAAUGCCUUUGA